CAUAUUUCAUAUUUUUUGUAAAAUAAAAAUGCGUGUGAUUGUGACUGUAAAUCAUACAAAUUUAUAAAUAAAAUGUAAAACUUGUAGAUCACAAAUACAAAUACCAAAUCCGCAUAAAUUUAAAAUAAUUGAAAGAAUUCCCAUCAUUUUAUAUAAUAAAAUACAAGCGAAUACACUCAACGCUUAAAGUUCUUUCACUCGCUUGUUUAAGUUAUAAAAUAAUUCAUUUACUGUAUGAGUCAAAGCACUUUCAGUAUUUAUUAACAUAUAUAACUAUGGAACUACAAGAUACGUAUUACAAUAAAUCUGAAUAUGUAGAAACUGCAUCUGGAAACAAAGUAAGCAGACAAACUGUUCUAUGUGGAUCCCAAAACAUAGUGUUACAUGGUAAAGUCAUUGUACAGAGUGAUGCAAUCAUCAGGGGAGACCUCGCUAAUGUCAAAACUGGAAGAUUUUGUAUUAUAAGCAAGGGCUCAGUCAUCAGACCGCCAUUUAAGAAGUUUAGUAAAGGAGUAGCCUUCUUCCCUUUACAAAUGGGUGAUCAUGUGUUUGUUGGUGAGAACACUGUUGUAAAUGCAGCAGUUGUUGGCUCAUAUGUGUAUAUUGGGAAAAAUGUUGUUAUAGGUCGGAGAUGUGUUUUAAAAGAUUGUUGCAUGAUUGAAGAUAAUUCAGUGUUGCCAGCUGAAACAGUUGUGCCAUCAUUUGCAAGAUAUUCUGGCAACCCUGCCAGACUAAUCACCACACUACCCGAAGCUAUGCCUGAUCUCAUGACAGAGUUUACGAAGAGCUAUUACCAACAUUUCUUACCUACCACUGUUAAUUAAAAUACAAUCAUAGAUUAUUAUUAAUUAUUAACACAGAGAAUUAUACAUAGAAUAAGGCUUAUGUAAUAUUUAAUUGCUAUAAACUUCUAAUUAUGUAUAUAAAUACAUAAUAAUUUUUAAAGAUAA